GGAUCGGGGAAGAAUAAUAGAGAGUAGUAAGACCAUCGAGAGCAAGAGAUGGCAAAUCACCAUCAGAGCAGCAAUGGAAGCGCAGAGAUCCAUAUCGAGAUACCGGAGAUUAAGUUCACCAAGCUCUUCAUCAAUGGAGAAUUCGUCCACUCCAUCAAAGGGAGGACCUUCGAGACGUUGGACCCAAGGACGGGGGAGGCCAUUGCAAGAAUCGCAGAGGGUGAUAAGGAUGACAUCGACGUGGCCGUGAAGGCUGCCCGCGAAGCAUUCGAUCACGGCCCAUGGCCCAGGAUGCCCGGCUCUCAAAGAGCAAGGAUCAUGCAUAAAUUCGCGGACCUAAUAGAGCAACACGCCGAGGAACUGGCAGCCCUGGACUGCAUCGAUGCAGGGAAGCUAUUCUUCAGGGGCAAGGCCGUGGAAAUCCCUUCAGCCGUGGGGAUGCUUCGUUACUAUGCUGGUGCAGCGGAUAAGAUCCACGGCGACGUCCUCAAGUCUACGCGAUCGCUUCACGCGUACACUCUGAAGGAACCGAUCGGUGUGGUGGGCCAAAUCAUCCCGUGGAACUAUCCCACAAUCAUGUUCUUCAUGAAGGUCGCCCCAGCAUUGGCCGCGGGUUGCACCAUGGUCGUCAAGCCUGCCGAGCAGACACCUCUCUCGGCCCUCUUUUAUGCCAACCUCGCCAAGCAGGCUGGUAUCCCGAACGGAGUGCUUAACGUUGUAACGGGCUUUGGACGUACCACAGGCGCCGCUAUCAGCAAUCACAUGGACAUCGACAUGGUAAGUUUUACGGGUUCUACCGAGGUGGGAAGGCUAAUAAUGCAGGCAGCUGCAACCAGCAAUUUGAAAACGGUCUCACUUGAACUGGGGGGCAAGUCUCCUCUUAUCAUAUUCGACGAUGCUGAUGUGGGCAACGCUGCGGAGCUGGCUCUAAACGCUGUGGUUUUCAAUAAGGGAGAAAUAUGUGUGGCCGGCUCCCGGGUUUAUGUUCAUGAAGGGAUUUACGACGAAUUCGUGAAGAAAUUAGCUGAGAAAGCGGAAGCUUGGAAGUUGGGCGAUCCUUUCGAUCCUAGUACCUGUCAAGGACCACAGGUUGACAAGAGACAGUUUGAAAAAGUACUUUCAUACAUCGAUAUCGGGAUGAAAGAAGGAGCAACACUCUUAACUGGGGGUAAGCGUUGGGGGUCUAAGGGGUACUAUAUUGAGCCUACUGUAUUCGUUGAUGUCAAGGAAGACAUGCGAAUCGCGACGGAUGAAAUAUUUGGCCCAGUUAUGUCUCUCAUGAAGUUCAGGACCAUUGAGGAGGCAAUUGAAAGGGCCAAUUCCAGUAAAUAUGGCCUUGCCGCCGGAAUCGUGACGAAGGACCUGAACGUGGCAAAUAGAGUCUUGAGAUCCAUCCGAUCCGGAAUCAUCUGGAUAAACUGCUAUUUUGAAUUUGACUCUGACUUCCCAUAUGGAGGAUACAAGCUGAGCGGCUUUGGCCGAGAUUCGGGGCUCGAAGGCCUCCAAAAGUAUCUCCAGGUCAAGACUGUUGUGACCCCAUUGCAUGAUUCUCCUUGGCUCUGAGCAAACAUAAAUGCAAAAUUGCGUGUCAUCAACAUUUGAAUUCGACAGAAACAUUUUAUGUUGUUUUGUUCUUUUUACCAACAUUUGAAGGUUGAUAUUGUAAGUUGUAUUCUGUACAUUAAUAAAAGUUCGGACAUUCAAUAAUGACAAAUGGUUUUUUUUC